AUGUGGAAUCGAAGCUUCACCAGCAAUUCAACGCGCGCAGCAUUGACGAAGAAGAAAUGGGACGCGCUCAUCGUCGGCGCAGGCCACAACGGUUUGAUAGCCGCUGCUUAUCUUGCCCGUGGCGGCCUCUCUGUUGCCGUUCUUGAGAGGCGCCAUGUGAUCGGUGGCGCUGCUGUUACUGAAGAGCUAAUUCCAGGGUUUAAGUUCUCUCGCUGCAGUUACCUCCUAAGCCUCCUCCGGCCUUCCAUCAUCAGGGACUUGGAAUUGAGGAGACAUGGAUUGAAGCUAUUGAAACCUAUGGCCGCAUCUUUUACACCCUGCCUCGAUGGUCGUUAUCUUCUACUUGGAAUGAAUGAUGAACAUGAUUACUCGGAGAUAUCUAAGUUUUCUAAAAGGGAUGCGGAUGCGUACCCAAGAUAUGAAAGACAGCUUCAUAAGUAUUGUAAAUUCAUGGAUUUUAUCUUGGAUUCGCGAACUCCUGAAGCAUUACACCGGGCUUCAUCAUUUAAUGACCGGUUGAGAGAUAAGCUGCAAAACUCUAUUUUCUGGGGUCGUUGUCUUCGGCAUGUGCUAUCAUUAGGUCAAAAAGAUAUGGUGGAGUUUAUAGACCUUCUAGUAUCACCAACUUCGAAGGUCUUAAAUGAGUGGUUUGAGUCAGACAUAUUGAAGGCAACACUUGCAGGAGAUGCCAUCAUUAAGACUAUGACAAGCAUCCAUACUUCUGGAAGUGGAUAUGUUCUACUACAUCAUGUUAUGGGAGAAACUACUCACGGUGAUCGGAAUAUUUGGUCACAUGUUGAAGGUGGAAUGGGUUCUGUAUCCAUGGCCAUAAGCAAUGCUGCCAAAGAAGCUGGAGUUCAUAUUGCAACAAAUGCAGAGGUUUCAGAACUGAUGAUUGAAGACUCUGGUAGAUUAAAGGGGGUUUUACUGGCGGAUGGGACACAAGUGCAUUCUUCAGUUGUUCUGUCAAAUGCAACUCCGUACAAAACAUUCAUGGAAAUGGUUCCUCAAACUUUUCUUCCAGAUGAUUUCCUACAGGCUAUCAAAUGUUCUGACUAUACCUCAGGAACAACGAAAAUAAACGUUGCUGUUGACAAAUUGCCACAGUUCCAGUCUUGCAAUUUAAAUAAUCAAGUGGAGGUGGGUCCUCAGCAUACAACAACUAUUCAUAUUGGUGCUGAAAGAAUGGAAGAUAUUCACACUGCUUGCCAAGAUGCAUGGAAUGGCUUUCCAUCGAAAAGACCUGUUAUGGAGAUGACAAUUCCUUCCUCUUUGGACAAAACUGUAUCUCCACCUGGUAAGCACGUAGUCAGCUUAUUUACACAGUAUACACCUUACAAACCCUUGGAUGGAAGCUGGGAAGAUGCUACAUAUAGAGAUUUAUAUGCCAAAAGAUGUUUUGAGUUGAUUGAUGAAUAUGCACCUGGCUUCAGCUCAUCAAUCAUUGGUUAUGACAUGCUGACACCACCUGAUCUUGAGAGGGAAAUUGGUCUGACAGGAGGAAAUAUUUUUCAUGGGGCUAUGGGUUUAGAUUCUCUUUUCUUGAUGCGGCCUGUAAAAGGAUGGUCAAAUCACAGGACACCAAUUAAAGGAUUGUACCUCUGUGGUAGUGGGUCGCAUCCUGGAGGUGGUGUCAUGGGGGCACCAGGACACAAUGCUGCAUGUGUUGUUCUUGAGGAUCUGCGUGACCCUUAGCUUUUGGAUUUUGGCUUGGUUUAUGCCCUGGCCACACAGGUCUUGAACCAUGAAUUCACUGUAAUCAGAAUAUGUCGAGCAACACUAUGUAAAUACCAUGCAGUUGAAGAAAAUAACGUGUUGGUGUGCUUGCCCGCUUUUGUCCCUAUAGAGAUCUCAACGAAGCAUUCCCUUUGAAAAAUUCAACAUUCAAUCAAUAUGGAUUGGUUUAUACUGAAUAAUGGAGAUCCGAACCAAGUGGUUUGCUUUUCUUUUCUUAAAGCACACCUGUUUUGAUAAAACCCUGUUGUAUAAUUGGAACCUUGUAAGAUUGUAGCGAGUUUUCUUUUUAAGAAAAGAACAUACUUAAACCAGGUCAUUUCCUUUA